GUUGGCAAGACCGUCAAAUCGAGAUCUCCGAAAACUAAAAGAAUGCGUGCACUUGCGGAUAGCAUAUCAUGAGAUGCUCUCUGGCACAAUGACACCUUUCAAAAGAAAUGAGUGCAUUACAUGGUAUUGCAAUGCCUGUUUUUCUUCUAAACAGCAUGUUUAUGAAAGGACUUCUCAUCAAGGUGGCAAUGAAUAAUUUGAAAAUUACUUAGUAAAAAGAAAAAGCUCAUAUAUAGUGGGCUUUUUAUUCAAUAAAAAUUAUUUUGAACCCUUUGGGAUGACAAUUCAUCAAAUAUCUUUGAAAGAAUGGCUUCAUCCGGGAGUUCCAUCAGUGAAGUUUCAGUCAAGGAAAGUCAGUUACGUUCAGACCAAAAGAGAUUAUCCUUGUGGAAUUGUCAUCGCUUUUGUCUCAAUGCAUUUAGACUGCCUCGAUUUAAAAAUGUCGAGGUUGAAAUCUUAUAUCAACGUUACUUUCUUCAUCUAAACCAAAGGAACUUAACUGCACUUCUUGGCAUUGUUUGUGCUGUUGGAGGUGUUAUGCUUGUGUUCAAUUAUGUACUGAGUGACCAUAGAUCUUUAACACAUGGAAUAACAUUUGGUGUGUUAGUGACAUUGUACUUGAUUAUGGCCAUUUUAAGUAUUCAGUCAUUUUUCAAUCAAAUUUAUUUGUUCAUAUUUUCCUACACCAUUAUGAUUUCAUUUUUCAUAACUGUAGUCCUAGUAGUCAUUGAUUCACCAGUGCCCAGUGCCAUGUCCAGUAUUUGGUGCACCGUAUUUUUUGUUUAUUUUGGUUAUACACUUCUUCCCGUGCGAAUGCCCGAAUGUCUCAUUUGUGGAAUCUUACUAUCAGUUGUACAGAUGAUUUCAUAUACAAUAGUCAAUGAUACAGAUCCUUUCAUCUGGAAGCAGUUAACAGCCAGCUUGCUAUUAUUUGUUGCGGUUAAUAUGGCUGGUAUAUUUUCUCAUUUCCCAAGCAAAACAUCUCAAAGACAAGCAUUUAUGGAAACUAGACAAUGUGUAGAAGCUCGAUUAAACAUUCAAAGAGAGAACCAACAGCAGGAACGUUUGCUUUUAUCAGUGUUGCCGAGGCAUGUAGCAAUGGAAAUGAAGGCAGAUAUUGCUAAAAAACCAGAAGAUACUAUGUUCCAUAAAAUAUACAUUCAAAGGCAUGAAAAUGUUAGCAUUUUAUUUGCAGACAUAUGUGGAUUUACUAGUCUCUCAUCCCAAUGCACUGCAGAAGAAGUGGUGAAAAUUCUGAAUGAGCUUUUUGCACGUUUUGACAAGCUGGCAGCUGAGAACCAUUGCUUAAGAAUAAAAUUAUUAGGAGACUGCUAUUACUGUGUUAGUGGACUUCCAGAACCACGUCCUGAUCAUGCACAGUGCUGUGUAGAAAUGGGGCUUGAUAUGAUAGAAGCUAUAGCUUUAGUUCGUGAAGUAACAGGAGUUGAUGUCAACAUGAGAGUUGGAAUCCAUACUGGAAGAGUCCAUUGUGGUGUGCUAGGUUUAAGAAAAUGGCAAUUUGAUGUAUGGUCAAAUGAUGUGACUUUAGCAAAUUACAUGGAAGCUGGUGGCAUUCCUGGGCAUGUGCAUAUUACAAAAGAGACACUGAAGUUCUUGAAUAAUGAAUAUGAAGUAGAUCCUGGCUAUGGUGGUCAACGACAUAAAUACUUGAGGGACCAUAACAUAGAAACGUUUCUGAUCGUUCCAGAUGAAAAAAAGAGAAUCAGUUCUGUUCGCCCCCCACAAUAUUCAGCUCCAAACAAUAUUUCUAAAGAAAUGAGGAUGAUGGGCCAUUCAAAACUUGAUAACAGUUACAAAAGACGAGAAUUCAAAAACCCUCAGGAUGAAGUCAAUGAUUAUUUGUCACGUGCUAUAGAUGCUCGCAGUAUAGAUAGGUUAAGAGAUGAGCAUUGCAGACCAUUUACUAAUACUUUCCAUAAAUCAGAAAUUGAAAGCAAAUACAUGAAAGAAGGAGAUAAAAUGUUAUCAACAUAUUUUACAUGUGCUGGCUUCAUGCAAUUAUUUAUUUUCAUUAUUCAGCUUGUUAUACUACCAAUAUACUGGUUGCAACUAAUGUUUCAGUUUUGUGCUGGUCUUACAUUGUUAUUUAUAAUUAUUACCAUUCAGGCUCCUAAAAGUUUGGUUGCAAAACAAAUGCUACCUUUAUCAUGUCUUCAAGCAAUAGAAAAGAUAACACAAAGUAGAUCCAAUAGCCAAAUUUUAGCAAUGAUAGUUUUGCUCAUCACAUUUACAAGUACAUUCAUUCCAUUGGCUGCUCUUGAUACAACAGAAACAAUGGAAUGCUGGUUAAGCUAUCAAAAUUUUACUCAGAAUUUUACAAUUCACCCAGAUGUAUGUUCAGAUACUAUUCUUGAUGGAUUUCCAUAUAAUAUUACAUUUUGUAUGAUGCUUGUGAUGUUGUCUUGUGCUGCAUUCCUUGUGCUAACUACCAUACAGAAACUUCUGACCUUAAUGCUCGCAUCACUAGUUUUUUGUGCUCUUGUUCUUCUAACCCAUGUAGAAUUAUUUGAUCUUUUUGACCUAGUACACAGCCCUGAUGGUAGUGGUGUACCAUCAAAAUAUUCUUUAACCAUACUGUUGCUACUUUUUGUGGGAGCUCUUGUUGCCCAUGGGCACCAAGCUGAAGCUACCUCUCGGCUGGAUUUUUUAUGGAAAUUGCAGGCAUUAGAAGAAAAAGAAGACAUGGAGCAUCUUCAAGCUUAUAACAGGAAACUGUUAGCUAACAUACUUCCUGCUCAUGUAGCUGAAUAUUUUUUAACUGCAGAUAGAAAGAAUGAGGAUUUAUAUCAUGAGCAGUGUGAGAGUGUGUGCAUUAUGUUUGCAUCAAUACCAAACUUCAGUGAAUUCUAUAUGGAAUUAGAGGCUAAUAAUGAAGGAGUUGAAUGCCUUCGACUUCUAAAUGAAAUUAUUGCUGAUUUUGAUGAGAUUUUAUCGGAAGAACAGUUCAGUUGCAUUGAGAAAAUCAAAACUACUGGGUACACAUAUAUGGCAGCAUCUGGUUUAACAGCCAGCACCGUUGAUUUGGUAAAUUAUACUCAUGUUACAAGAAUGGCCGACUUUGCUUUAAGACUAAAAGACCAGCUGGAUUAUGUUAAUGUACAUUCGUUUAACAAUUUCAAAAUAAGAGUAGGUUUGAAUGUUGGGCCAGUUGUCGCUGGUGUUAUAGGAGCCAAGAAACCUCAGUAUGAUAUUUGGGGCAAUGCUGUUAAUGUUGCCAGUAGAAUGGAUAGCACUGGUGAGCUGUCUAAAAUUCAGGUUACCCAUGAUGUAUAUUUGAUACUAAAAGAGCAUGGCUACCCUCUUGAAUGUCGUGGUUAUAUCAAAGUUAAAGGAAAAGGUGAAAUGUUGACUUAUUUUCUCACUGAUUAUAAAGAUAGCCAGUGUCCGAAAACUUCAACAGUUUAACGAGCAGACUUUUUACCCUGCAGUCUUCCCUAGGCAUGUGGAAACAUUAAAUCUGAAACUCACAAUCAUGUAUUUAUCACACUGUGAAUUGCUCAUUGAUUCUGUAAAUGAUAUUUACAUCUGUUAUACUCCAGUGGCUGGCAUACUAGUUAAUCAUCCUCGUUAUGUGAAACUGUCAGUGCAUGCAUUUAAUUUUGAAUAUCAGUAUUUUAGACAUAAACUCUGCAGCAGACACAUUUUAAUCAAAAAUUAACUGUAAUGUUUUUAUGUACUGUAUAUCAUUUGUCUUCAUUGAAUUAUGAUUUAUUGAGAAGAAUCUUGGGUAAUUUUCUAUUGGUCCAACAGCAGUCAAUACCAAACUUAAAUUUUUGGUGCAAAAUAUCACUUUUCUGUCAAUGUGUUAGUUGCCAAAAUAUACACUUGCAUGUCAGUCAUAGAAUCAGUAUGUCAUAUUGGCAUAUUUUUUGGCUCAUUUGUCUGUUAUUUUUUUGGUAACUUUUUCUAACAGAAAAGUUUGGCAUAUAAUUCCACUGCUGCCAUGCUAAGGGAAAAGUACUGAAUCUUGUUUUGGUCUUUUUUUUUUCCAUUUAUUCUAAAUCAUUUUUUAUGUAUCAGAAUUUUCAUGCCAUUCAAAAAUCAUUUAUUUAUUUAUUUCUAUUAAAUGUUCUCAGAUUUUUAAUUUUACCUGUAUUUCUUUUUCCUUUUUGUUUCAUUCGAGUUUCAAAACUUUUUCUGCCAA